GCAGAAAAAUACGGUUGCCGGCUGACAGUUCAGCGGGCGUUUUAACCGCCGUUUCGCGUUGUCCGCUUCACAUGAAGAUGGCGGCGGUUGCCGCGGUAAAACGGGUAAAACCGGCGCUCCCGCUGCGAAGGCUGGUGCUUUUUACCGCGCCGGGCCUGCGCUUUUUACAGUAACCGCCGGAUCGGUAUAAAAGGAGCAGCGCAGUUCCGAGGAACUCGUUGCCUCGUCGUCGUUGCGCUCGUUUCGUCCAAUUCUAGAUUCGUUCUUCGUCCGGCCAAGAUGAGAGAGUGCAUCUCGAUCCACAUUGGCCAGGCCGGCAUCCAGAUUGGAAAUGCGUGCUGGGAGCUCUUCUGCCUGGAGCAUGGCAUCCAACCUGAUGGCCAAAUGCCAAGCGACAAGACAAUCGGAGGAGGCGACGAUGCAUUCAACACCUUUUUCAGCGAGACCGGCGCGGGGAAGCACGUCCCCCGCUGCGUGUUCCUGGACCUGGAGCCCACUGUGAUCGACGAGGUCCGGACGGGAACGUAUCGCCAACUCUUCCACCCCGAGCAGCUCAUCAGCGGAAAGGAAGACGCGGCCAAUAACUUCGCUCGAGGACACUACACAAUUGGGAAAGAGAUUGUCGAUCUCUGCCUCGAUCGAGUACGGAAGCUGGCGGACAACUGCACCGGGCUGCAAGGAUUUCUCGUGUUCCACGCAGUCGGGGGUGGCACCGGCUCCGGCCUCGGCUCCCUCCUCUUGGAGCGCCUCUCGGUGGACUACGGCAAGAAGUCCAAGCUGGGAUUCACCAUCUAUCCCUCGCCGCAAGUCUCCACGGCCGUGGUGGAGCCAUACAACAGCGUCCUUUCGACGCACUCGUUGCUCGAGCACACAGACGUGGCCGUGAUGCUCGACAACGAGGCCAUCUACGAUCUGUGUAGACGAUCUCUCGACAUCGAGCGGCCGACUUACACCAACUUGAACAGAUUGGUCUCGCAGGUGAUCUCGUCUCUCACUGCCUCUCUACGCUUUGACGGUGCUCUCAACGUGGAUAUCACCGAGUUCCAGACCAACCUGGUGCCAUACCCGCGCAUCCACUUCGUGCUCUCGUCGUAUGCGCCGGUUAUCUCCGCCGAGAAGGCCUACCACGAGCAGCUGUCGGUGUCCGAGAUCACAAACACGGCGUUCGAGCCGGCGUCGAUGAUGACCAAGUGCGACCCGCGCCACGGCAAAUACAUGGCCUGCUGCCUCAUGUAUCGCGGCGACGUCGUCCCAAAGGACGUCAACUCCGCAGUGGGAACCAUCAAGACCAAGAGGACGAUCCAGUUUGUGGACUGGUCGCCCACCGGGUUCAAAUGCGGUAUCAACUAUCAGCCCCCGACUGUGGUUCCCGGCGGUGAUCUCGCCAAAGUCCAGCGUGCCGUGUGCAUGAUCUCAAACUCCACCAGCGUUGCCGAGGUGUUCUCGAGGCUGGAUCACAAGUUUGAUCUCAUGUAUGCCAAGCGCGCGUUCGUGCACUGGUAUGUUGGCGAGGGGAUGGAGGAGGGGGAGUUUUCCGAGGCCCGCGAGGAUCUGGCAGCUCUGGAGAAGGAUUACGAGGAAGUUGGCGCCGAGUCCGCUGAUGGCGAGGGAGAGGACGAAGGUGAGGAGUAUUAGCCAUAUUUUUUCUUCUUCUUUUUUCUUCCUUUCAUAGCUACAAGAACUAGAAAUAGUGCAGAGAAAGAAAAGCCAAAUUGUAUUAUUACCACAAGGAAUAAAUGCAUACGUUUUCUAAAUUG